CUUCAGGUAACUUCUGACAUCUGGGACCAAUACACGCCAGAACAAGCGUAGCUGGAGUUUGCCAAUUGAUCGCACAUCAGUGCUUCCUCCACCACGUACCCUCAAUCUACUAAUGUUCAACUGCUUUAUCAGCUCACGGUUAUCUUCCCCUCACUGUUCACAAAUCGCAUCCCACUGCUCAGCCGCGUGACGAUCAUAGAAGUACAAGACUGAGAGCUAACCUGGCAGCUUAUUCCACUCAUUGCAAAUCUUGAAAUUCCACUUCGCACGAUCACGAUACUCUACUUAACUCACAUAGAUCUUACCAUCUCAUACAACCACCUGAAAGACACGACUACGUACCAUGCCCUCAACACAGACAGUCCCUGCUCGCCGCGGUGCAGCAGCCAUUGUACGCGUCAACCAAAAGAUCAAGAUCAUCAACACCCACGGCAACCAAGUCGUCGACACCUGGGUCUUCGCCCUGCCAUCCACAUCGAUAGGCACCCCCUCCUCUCGCCUCGAAGCGCCUCUCUAUCCCGCCACGUUCUCUGCUUCCUCAUCACACUAUUCCACAGCUGCAAAUCGUGCCGCUGCAGCACCAGAGUGCAUGUCCAUGUCGCACUGCCGCGCCAAAUUACUGAAGCUCAUACCGAGCGUUGGUGAUACGCUGGUCAGCCAGAAACGCGCACCUUUGGUGAAGCUGAUCGAGGAUACGAGUCCAGGUGUGCAUGACACCCUGAUUGCAGCUUGUGAUCGGUGGCGGUACGCCGAGCUAGGUGUUGAGGCAUAUCACGAGAGCUGUACGGACAACUGCUGGGACGCUUUGGCUGCCCUGGCCUCUGACCUGGGUGAUUCAGAGAAAGGCGAGAUUCUGCAGGGCUUGCAGACCAGGAUGGGCGGGAGGGUGCCAGACCCUUUUAAUUUGUUCAUGAACAUACCGGUUACGCAGGAAGGAGAGGGCGCAAGAAGAGGUGUCAGCUUUGAAGGGCCAUUGACGAAGCCUGGCGAUUAUGUCGUGUUCCAGGCUUUGAGAGACGUUGUGGUCGUUAUGAGCGCUUGCCCUCAAGAUGUGCUCAACAUCAACGGGCAGAGGCCUGUUGACGCGCACUUUGAAGUGCACUGACAAGAGGCGUAACGAGUCCUGCUCAGCGUCUAAGGAACAGUCAUGUAACGCCAUCAGGAUAGGCGUGUCUAAAGGAGAGAUGCGGGUUCGAGUUGCACCAUGGCCCAUUUGUUUUACAAAAUGGAAGUAUAAGAUUGCU